ACAAAAGCCAAAAGCCUCGUCAACGCCGCCGCCGGCACUCACAAUGGCCACCGUCUACCUGAAGCUAACCACCAUCACCAACAUUUCCCCAUCCAAAUUAAGAUUCAACCCAUCCACACCCGCACUCCCCAAAUCCAAAUCCAAAUCCCAAUCCAAAUCCACGGAGCCCCUCCCCCUCUUCUCCUCCGUCAAAUCCUUCGCCCCCGCCACCGUAGCCAAUCUAGGCCCCGGCUUCGACUUCCUCGGUUGCGCCGUCGACGGAAUCGGCGACCACGUCACCCUCCGGCUCGACCCCGCCGUCCAGCCCGGCGAGCUGGCCAUCUCCCACAUCUCCGGCGCCGGGUCCCGUCUGAGCAAGAACCCCCUCUGGAACUGCGCCGGCAUCGCCGCCAUCUCGGUCAUGAGGAUGCUCGGCAUUCGCUCCGUCGGCCUCACUCUCUCCCUCGACAAGGGCCUCCCCCUCGGCAGCGGCCUUGGCUCCAGCGCCGCAAGCGCCGCCGCAGCCGCCGUGGCCGUAAACGAGCUAUUCGGCGGCAUUCUAUCUCCGUCGGAGCUGGUGAUGGCGGGACUGGAGUCGGAGAAGAAGGUCUCCGGCUACCACGCGGAUAACGUGGCGCCGUCGAUUUUGGGGGGUUUCGUUUUGAUCCGCAGCUACGAGCCAUUGGAGGUGAUGCAGCUCAAAUUCCCCCACGAGAAGAGUCUGUAUUUCGUGCUGGUGAAUCCGGAAUUCGAAGCUCCGACGAAGAAGAUGAGGGCGGCGCUGCCUCCGGAUGUGACGAUGCCGGAUCAUAUCUGGAACUGCAGGCAGGCGGGGGCUCUGGUGGCGUCGGUGCUGCAAGGAGACCUAAUUGGAUUGGGGAAGGCGCUGUCGUCGGACAAGAUUGUGGAGCCGAGGAGGGCGCCGCUGAUCCCGGGGAUGGAGGCCGUCAAGAAGGCGGCCAUCGAGGCGGGGGCGUUUGGGUGCACGAUCAGCGGGGCAGGGCCGACUGCGGUGGCGGUCACUGACAGCCAGGAGAGGGGUGGGGAGAUUGGGGAGAGAAUGGUGGAGGCUUUUUCCAAAGAGGGGAACUUGAAGUCUUUGGCAAUGGUUAAACAGCUUGACAGAGUUGGAGCAAGGCUUGUCAGCACUGUGGUGUAAUUCAUUUUUUUUUAUUAAAACUGCUCUGUUUCUUCAUCAAAUUUGGAUGACAUUUUUGUGAGCCUAGUGAUUGUUUGUGUGUAUCUACAUUUUUGCAAUUCUCCUCUGGAACAAUAUCGAUUCUACACCCCUCGUUGUUCUUGA